AAGUUUAUCCAACACUGAACUAAUCGAUUACCCACUCGAUAACAAAACUUAUUAGACAAUUGUCAAAGUGAAAUUAUUCAUAUUUGGUGGAGCGCAUUUUUCAUAAACAUCACACAUUUACUACAUAAAAUCUAUUAAACUAAACGAAAAUCAUACGAAAACAAGUGCAGCUACAUUGCUAAGGCUUCAACAUGAAUUAUGGCCGUAAGACACCGUCCACGUAUCGCUCCAACCAUUCGGUGUACUCGCACACCACGGGCAGAUCCUCGACAAAUUUGCAUUCGAUAAAAUCGCGUUCAAUGCGCUCAGUGCGCGUGCCAUGGUAUCAGCGCCCUAUUUUGAAGAACAACCAAUACAUAGAUAUACAAAAGAACUCGCUGUUAAUUGGUAUAUUCUCUAUUUUUCUUGCACUCUUCACCAUUGGCACUUCGAUAUUCGACAUUUAUUGUCUCGCUAUGGCCGCACCUGGCUCAACCCACUAUGGUUACUAUAUAAUCUCGUAUGAAUUUGUUUACGUCGGCAACAAACAUGUGCGGAACAUGCUAAUUGUGUUUGCCUUAUUUUCGCUGAUACUGGGAUUAGUUAUAUUAUUUACAAGUAUUUUGCUUGUGAUUGCACUUAGAAAGGAGUACGAGCGCAAAAUCCUACCUUGGCUGAACACAUUUGCUGUGUUCACUAUUUGGCGUUCACUGGCAUUGAUCUUCUUCGCCAUUGUUAACGAUUUGAUCUUUGCCUACAAUAUCAUUAUGGUAUUGCUUUGGAGUAUCGCUUUAGUUGUCUGCAUCUAUGGUUGGUGCGUGGUGUACUCACUAUUCCUGGAAUUAACCAAUUUGACAAAAUUGGAAGAUUUGGCACAUUUACGCAUGGGCACGAUGGCUUCAUUACAUGCAUCAGCUGCCAAUUCCUUGGCUGGUUCACGUCCAACAACACCGCAUAGCACUGUAUCUACUAUGCCAGUGGGUUAGAAUGCACACAAAUUGCAUUUAGCAACGAAAAUAUUUUUUUUUCUACUUUUCUACAACGUAUCAUGACUAUAUCAGUGCAAAUGUAUACCGUCCAAAAUUUUUUAGAUUUAACAUAUACACACAUAGAUUUGUAACACACCAUUUGAAUGACACGAAUCUCAGCAUUCCACAUGUAUUCAUUUUUUUUUAAAUAUAUAUACUUAAAAUAUAAGCUAGAAGCUCGAAAUAUAAUGUUAUAGUGUAUUAAGAAGUUGUAAUUUAAAAGCAGUGCCUUAGAACUUCUACAUAACUGUUAUGUACAAUUUAUACAAGAAAAAACUGUUUGCUGUAACUUAAAAAUUCACGUUUUAUAUACAAAUUUAUUUAGUGUUACAUUUUAAUUGUUAAACGAUUUUUCUACAACAUUAAAAGACAAACAAACAAACAUCAUGUCACAGAUUUGUAAAGCUGGUAAAAGUAUUUAUGAAAUAUAAACAAAGUUUUAUCCGUCCAAUUUAUAUUUUAUGCUGUCUCUUUAUUUUAUAAGUUUGUAAAAUUUAAUAAAGUUCGAUUUUUUAUAAUGUAA